AUGUCUAGAUUGAAGACAGUACUCAGUCAUCUUGAGUUCUGCUAUGAAAUUCUUGCUUUUAUUUAUUUCUAAUUGAAUUCCUUACUGAAAAUUUGCAUAGCUAGCAUUUUGAUAUUUAAAUUGCUUAUCCUUAAUUAAAUGAAAGGCUUAAAAAUAAAUAAAUAAAUAGAUAAAUAAUAAUAAUAAUUUUCAUUUAAAUAUAAAUACUCUGCUUUAACAAAAUAAUAAUAACUUAUCAAAUUAUAGUUUUAAAGAUUUAAUAAAAAUAUUGAAGAAUAAAUAAAUAAAUAAAUAAAUAAAUAUACUUACAAUCAAACUAAAAAUAUAUAUAAAUAUUUAUAAAAGUCAAUAUGCAAAAUUAACUAAUCAGUAGAUAACUAAAAAUAAAAUUAUAAUAAUCGCUAAUUCUGUUAUUCCAAUUUAUUUAUAAUUUAGCUAGUAUCAAUCUAAUUUUAUUCUUAGGUUAUUGCCAGUUUUAUUUACACUUCCUAUCAUAAUGUUUAUUCAAAUUUUUAAAAAAAGUUUUGA